UAUGGAAAUGAAUUCAAGUGCUGAUGCACUAGAUAUUGACAUUGAAAAUGAUGAACGACCGCCUUCAGUCUUACAAUCUCUUAUUAAAGACCCAACUGAUGAUCCACCAUUUUGUGACAUUCCGCCAUUACCAAAAUUAUUUUUAGAGAAAAACCUAGCCGACUGGGUAAGGUCAAUAGAUUCACUGUGGAAUGAACGUGAAGACAGAAUUCGGUUCUGCGUUUUGAUGUAUGCGUUUGCUAACGGUGGCUCAUUUUCCAUAGAUAUGGUUCCAAAAUCGUUCAAGUGGAGAGAUCUUCCGAAAGAAUUGGAAGAAGAGGCGUGGGUACGAUCAUUUCAAUACGUUGCUAAGACUAUGGAUUUGGAAAGAAUGUUUCUGUACCAUGAUCAGAUUAAAACAGCAGCUGACAAACUAACAGAAGUGGAUAGCGAAGGGCGUGGACCUUUUUUCUCAAAACCAUCAAGUGAAGGAGAAAAAUAUGCUUUCUUAAAUGAGUUCAUUUUAGAUGCAGUCACCCAUUCUUACUGUGGAAAAAGACAGUAUCGUGCGUUAGCUCUUGCUACACCUGUUUUUCUGUACCGAUAUUGCCACACUCGUCCACAGAUCAUGAAAAUUGACGACUAUGGUGAUCGAAAGGUAUCGGUUUCGAUUGGUGAGCAUGACGAAGAUUCAGUAUAUGAGAUUUUUAUUGACGAGAUCUGUAAAGGCCACGUCUACAAUACCCUAGCUAACAGAAUGUGGACUGACGACACAUUCUGUAACAAAUUCUUUAAGUAUUUAAGUCGAUAUGCGGAUGAAUUGGCAGAGGAGGACAAAGAGAGAAAAAUGUUUACCGUUGUUGAUUUGAAAUCCACCAAAAAUAGACCUAAAUCUUUUCUUUAUUGUCUUGUCACACACUCGCCCCCUAGACAAAAUAUGUUAGCUCCGGUGUUGACGUUCAUGACAAAAUACUGUACAAAAGAUUUCAUGGAAUUACAGUAUAUAUUGAUAUUAGAAUAUUGUUGUAGACAAUCGCUUAUUGAGAUCUACCUGCUUUUCGCUCCUAGAGUGAAGACAUUUCCAUUUUCGUUCAUUAGAUCAGCCAUAAUGGGUGGUGAUUCAAUACUCCUUGACAGAGUUUUAUCGCACCAAUCAUGGACUCAGAAACAACUGGACAAGACCAUGCAAUGGGUGGCUGCGACCGGCAAGUUUGACGAUUAUCUCCGACUGAAGCAAGCUGGGGCUGUGCCAGAUAGUAUCACAUUAUAUGAAAGUGUAAUUGGAAAAAAUGCAUCCAUUUUUGAAGAUUUGCUUCGCGAUGGUAUAGACUGCGAUGCGGACGUGUAUCAAGGGCGAAAGGUCAUACAUGCAGCCGCUAAAACUGGAAGUACUGAAAUCGUAGAUUUGUUGAUACAGAGAGGUGCAGAUGUAGAAUCAAAGUCACAAAGUGGAGAAUUGCCUUUACAUAUAGCAAUUGACAAUUAUCAUGAAGAUUUAGCGGAACAUCUUCUGAUGCGCGGAGCCGAUGCCAAUGAACGUGAUCACAGAGGUGCUACAGCAUUAAUAAGAGCAUGCGCAAUAGGAUUGUAUAGGCUUGUCGAACGCUUGAUGUAUGUUGGGUCCGACACUAGGGAUACUGAUGAACAAGGUUGUAACAUAUUACACAAAGCCUAUCUUAGUGGAGAAAUAGAAAUUAUAGAAUUUGCCAAAUCACAUGGCUUUACAAUCGAUUCCACCGACAAGAACAAUAACUCUGUCCUGCAUUUUUCUGCACUUAGUGGUAACUUGAAACAAUUUGAAGGACUUCUGAACCAGAUGCCAGAAAAUAUAUCAGCAUGCAACUCUUUCAUGUGGAAUCCGGCUAGCUGUGCUGCAGUAUGUGGUCGAUGGGAUGUCUUUAAUUUCCUCAAAAGGAAUGGAGCAGACGUUCAACAAAUAGCAAAAGAUGGAAGUAGCAUUUUAGACUUGGCUAACAGAGGAAAACAGCUACGACAGCUGAAUAAAGUUGGUUGUAUAGAUGAAUUUCAAGAGACAAUACGAUUGGGUUCCAUAGAAGAUUAUAACAAUGUAAUUCAAAGUUUAAAUGAUUAAAUCAAUGGACAGCUACAAAAAUGUUAUUACAAAAAUCAUAUACGUCUACGAUUAUAACCUAAAGGGCAUUUAUAAUGUGAAACUGCCUCCUUGCAUUUUGUUCUAGGAAAUUUAAGUAGACAAAUGCUUGCCAUUAACAAAUAAAUUGUGAGAAUUGG